UCCAGGGAAUCCUGCUCCGGUGCUCCAUGGGUAAGAGGGUGGCUGUGGUGCUGGCUGGCUGUGGGGUCUACGAUGGGAGCGAGAUCCACGAGGCUUCGGCUGUGCUGGUGCAUCUCAGCAGGGAGGGGGCACAGGCAGAGGUUUUUGCUCCCAACAUCUCCCAGAUGCACGUGGUGGACCACGUGAAGGGGCAGCCGACGCCAGAGCAGCGCAACGUGCUGGUGGAAAGUGCCAGGAUAGCCAGAGGGAACAUCAAGGAUCUGGCUCAGCUGGAUGUCAAGGGGCUGGAUGCCCUGAUCAUUCCAGGUGGCUUUGGAGUGGCCAAAAACCUGAGCACUUGGGCCACCCAAGGCAAGAACUGCAGCGUCUGCAGGGAGGUGGAGGACGUGCUGAGGGCCUUCCACGCUGCCCACAAGCCCAUCGGGCUGUGCUGCAUCUCCCCGGUGCUGGCAGCCAAACUCUUCCCGGGCUGUGAGGUGACAGUGGGACACGACACCGAGUGUGAGAAGUGGCCCUAUGCCAAGACUGCCGAGUCCAUGCGGGAGCUGGGCUGCAAACACGUCAACAGCCACGUCACCGAGAUCCACGUGGACCCCAGGAACAGGCUGGUGACCACCAGUGCCUUCAUGUGCAACGCCCCCAUCCACGAGAUCCACGACGGCAUCGGGAACAUGGUCAAGGAAGUGGUCAGGCUUGCCUGAAGGCCACAAAGUCCAGCUCCUUCCCCUCUUACAUGUCAUCAGGAAAAGUGUCACCCAACUGGAGUUCUGCCCCCUCCACGCCCUUUCCCACACCACUGGUGGCUGUGAGGAGGGACAGCCUGGAGUUGUAGUGUUCUGCCACGGCAAACUGGCAGCAAUGGGGGUGUGGGCACACACUGAGCUGGCACAGAGUCAUGGAAUGGUUUGGGUUGGGAGGGACCUCAAAGCCCACCUCAUCCAUGGGCAGAGACGCCUUCCACUGUCCCAGGCUGCUCCAA